UGACCCAGACUAAAAACCUUUGAAAUGGUCCAAUUCAAUUCCAAGUCCUCCAUGAAAACCAUAUAAAACCUAACCAUAAACCUCUUCGCCUUCCUCCAAAAUAAAUCUCUCUCUCUCUUUCUCUCCAACACAACCUUCCUUCAUCUCCGGUGUAUCAUCAUCAUCAUCAUCAUCAUCAUCAUCAUCAUCAGCAAGAAGCUAACCAGCACCAUGACUGACCAAACUACAAGCUCAACUCCAACAAACCAAAACCAAACACCACAAAGUACCAACAAAACAACCAAAAAAGCCCAAAGUAACAAGGAAAAGACAGCCAUCAAGUGCUUCAAAGCACCAUACCGGAUCCUGCGCAGCGCGCGGGACUUCUACGUGCGAUGUUUCACUGGUUGUGCUGGUCGGUCACAGUAUGGGUCGAUGAUGGGUAACCCUGUGCGCGCUGUCUCGGCCGUGCCACGUGGGUUUAGUUUUCACUCGCAGUCUACGCAUAGCCAAGAGGACAUAAGUGAGUUGAUCCGUGUGGCUUCUCGAGGGAGUCUCGGUAGAUCACCCGCGCAGAACCAGGGCAGUAGUAGUAACGUAGAUGGGGUGGUUCCUCGGAGCCAGAGUGUGGCAAUUGGGCGCAUAGAUGAAGACAAGCCUUGUGAGUUUGGUGAUGAUGUUGGUGCUUUAGGGUUGCAUGGAAUGUAUCCAAGGAGUAGGAGUUGUGCUGUUGUGACUAAUAAGAGAAGGGUUGGGAUUGUUGCUUGAU